CAGAGGGAGAGUGUCCCUGCGGCCCGAGGACCGCGGAGGGCUGGGCACAGGGUCCCCUCCUCUCGCUCACCACGCGGUCCCCGCGACUCCUCCUGCAGCCCCGGUGGCUGCGGCGGCAGAGCCUCGCCCACAAUCCCCACCCUCUGAUCUCCUUAGCUGUUGAAGAACAGCAACGCCUGGCACGUUCCUGGAGAACCCCGGGCGCAGCGGAGAGGGGGCAGGCGCAGGGGAACUCGAAAGGCAGCAUGCGCCCGCCGGGGGCAGCCUCGGCGCCUACGGUCUGAGGCUGCAGCCCCAGUUCGCCAUUGUGAGCCGCCGCCUGGGGAGCUCGGCCGCGCCGCCAGCCCCCCGGGUGCCGGUCCGCGCCGCGAUGGGGCACCUGCCCACGAGGACGCGCGGCAGCAGCCGCCUUCUGCCUCUGCUCUGGCUCUUUGUGCUGCUCAAGAAUGCUACAACAUUCCACGUAACUGUCCGAGAUGAUGAUAACAUCGUUGUCUCAUUAGAAGCUUCAGAUGUCACGAGUCCAUCCUCUGUGUAUGUUGUGAAGAUAACUGGUGAAUCAAAAAAUUACUUCUUCGAAUUUGAGGAAUUCAACGGAACUUUGCCUCCUCCUGUUAUCUUUAAGGCCAAUUAUCAUGGCCUUUAUUAUAUAAUCACUCUGGUAGUGGUAAAAGGAAAUGUGGUUAUCAAGCCAUCCAGAUCCGUCACUGUGUUAACAAAACCUCUACCUGUAACCAGUGUUUCCAUAUAUGACUAUAAACCUUCUCCUGAAACAGGAGUCCUGUUUGAAAUUCAUUAUCCAGAAAAGUUUAAUGUUUUCACAAGAGUUAACAUAAGCUAUUGGGAAGGUAAAGACUUCCGGACAAUGCUAUAUAAAGAUUUCUUUAAGGGAAAAACUGUAUUUAAUCACUGGCUGCCAGGAAUAUGUUAUAGUAACAUCACCUUUCAGCUAGUAUCUGAAGCAACUUUUAAUAAAAGUACUCUCGUAGAGUACAGUGGUGUCAGUCAUGAACCUAAACAGCACAGAACUGCCCCUUAUCCACCUCGAAAUAUCUCAGUUCGUAUUGUAAACUUGAACAAAAACGGCUGGGAAGAGCAGAGCGGCAGUUUCCCAGAGGAACCGUUCAUGAGAUCACAAGAUGAAAUGGGAAAAGACAAACUCUUCCAUUUUACAGAUGAAACUCCUGAAAUUCUCUCUGGCAACAUGUCUUCCGGUUGGCCAGAUUUUAACAGCUCUGACUACGAAACUACACCCCAGCCAUACUGGUGGGACAGAGUGUCUGCAUCUCCUGACAACGAAGAUGAAUUUGUCAGUGUACUUCCCACUGAGUAUGAAAAUGAUACACUCAGGGAGACUGGGAAAUCAUCAGCCUCUUUCUCGGUUUUUCCUGUACAAAUGAUACUGAGUUGGUUACCACCAAAACCCCCCACUGCCUUUGAUGGGUUCCAUAUCCACAUAGAAAGAGAAGAAAACUUUACUGAAUACUUGACAGUGGACGAAGAAGCUCAUGAAUUUGUUGCAGAACUGAAGGAGCCUGGGAAAUACAAGUUAUCUGUAACAACCUUUAGUUCUGCAGGAUCUUGUGAAACUCGGAAGAGUCAGUCGGCAAAAUCACUCAGUUUUUAUAUCGGUCCUUCAGGAGAGUGGAUUGAAGAACUGACCGAGAAGCCCCAGCACGUGAGCGUCCAUGUUUUAAGCUCAACCACUGCCUUGAUGUCCUGGACUUCCUCCCAAGAGAACUACAACGGAACCAUCGUGUCUGUGGUGUCCCUCACCUGCCAGAAACAGAAGGAGAGCCAGAGGCUAGAAAAGCAGUAUUGCAUUCAGGUGAACUCAAGCAAAUCUAUUAUUGAAAAUCUGGUUCCCGGAGCCCAGUACCAGGUUGUGAUGUACCUAAGGAAAGGCCCUCUGAUUGGACCACCUUCAGAUCCCGUGACAUUUGCUAUUGUUCCAACCGGAAUAAAGGAUUUAAUGCUCUAUCCCUUGGGUCCUACAGCGGUGGUUCUGAGCUGGACCAGACCCUACUUAGGAGUGUUCAGAAAAUAUGUAGUUGAAAUGUUUUAUUUCAACCCUGCAACAAUGACAUCAGAGUGGACAACCUACUAUGAAAUAGCAGCGACUGUCUCCUUAACCGCAUCCGUGCGGAUAGCUAAUCUGUUGCCAGCGUGGUACUACAACUUCCGAGUUACCAUGGUGACGUGGGGAGACCCAGAAUUGAGCUGUUGUGACAGUUCCACCAUAAGCUUUGUAACAGCCCCAGUGGCUCCAGAAAUCACUUCUGUGGAAUAUUCAAACACUCUGUUAUAUAUCAGUUGGACAUAUGGGGAUGACACGACUGACCUCUCCCAUUCUAGAAUGCUACACUGGAUGGUUGUUGCAGAAGGAAAGAAGAAAAUUAAAAAGAGUGUAACACGCAAUGUCAUGACUGCAAUUCUCAACCUGCCCCCAGGAGAUAUCUACAACCUCUCGGUAACAGCUUGCACGGAGAGAGGAAGUAAUACCUCUACGCUCCACCUUGUCAAACUAGAACCAGCUCCUCCAAAAUCGCUCUUUGCAGUGAAUAAAACCCAGACCUCGGUGACUUUGCUGUGGGUGGAAGACGGAGAAGCUGAUUUCUUUGAAGUCUUCUGUCAGCGAGUCGGCUCUGGGCAGGAAACAAAACUCCAGGAACCAAUUUCUGUUUCUUCUCACGUUGUGACCAUCUCCCGCCUCCUCCCUGCCACUGCUUACAACUGUAGUGUCACCAGCUUCAGCCACGACAGCCCUAGUGUCCCCACAUUCAUAGCCGUCUCAACAAUGGUUGCAGAGAUGAAUCCCAACGUGGUAGUCAUCUCCGUGCUGGCCAUCCUUAGCACCCUGCUGAUCGGACUGCUGCUGGUUACACUCAUCAUUCUUAGGAAAAAGCAUCUGCAAAUGGCUCGGGAAUGUGGAGCCGGCACUUUUGUCAAUUUUGCGACUUUGGAGAGAGAUGGGAAGCUUCCUUACAACUGGAGUAAAAAUGGUUUAAAGAAGAGGAAACUGACUAACCCUGUUCAGCUAGAUGACUUUGACACCUACAUCAAGGAUAUGGCCAGAGAUUCUGACUACAAGUUUUCUCUUCAGUUUGAGGAGUUGAAAUUGAUUGGACUGGAUAUUCCACACUUUGCUGCAGACCUUCCACUGAACCGGUGUAAAAAUCGUUACACAAACAUCCUACCAUACGACUUCAGUCGAGUGAGAUUAGUCUCCAUGAAUGAAGAUGAAGGUGCAGACUACAUCAAUGCCAACUACAUUCCUGGAUACAACUCACCCCAGGAGUAUAUUGCCACACAGGGGCCACUGCCUGAAACCAGAAAUGAUUUUUGGAAGAUGGUCCUACAACAGAAGUCCCAGAUGAUUGUCAUGCUCACUCAGUGCAAUGAGAAACGGAGGGUGAAGUGUGACCAUUACUGGCCGUUCACAGAAGAACCCAUAGCUUACGGAGACAUCACUGUGGAGAUGAUCUCAGAGGAAGAGCAGGACGACUGGGCCUGUAGAUGCUUCCGGAUCAACUAUGCCGAUGAGACGCAGGACGUGAUGCAUUUCAACUACACCGCGUGGCCUGAUCAUGGUGUGCCCACAGCAAAUGCUGCCCAGAGUAUCCUGCAGUUCGUACAUGCGGUCCGACAGCAAGCCACCAGAUGCAAAGGCCCCGUGGUCGUCCACUGCAGUGCCGGCGUCGGGCGGACAGGGACGUUCAUCGCCUUGGACAGGCUCCUGCAGCACGUUCGGGAUCACGAGUUCGUGGACAUCCUCGGGCUGGUGUCCGAGAUGCGCUCUUACCGGAUGUCUAUGGUACAGACAGAGGAGCAGUACAUCUUCAUCCAUCAGUGUGUGCGACUGAUGUGGGUGAAGAAGAAGCAGCGGCUGUGCAUCAGUGAUGUCAUCUAUGAGAAUGUCAGCAAGUCCUAGCGCAGAGCUCAGAGCAGACAGGACCACGAUGUACGUCCAUCCUCACUUGCUUCUGAGUUUUUUAGGGGCUCUGGCAGCUGUUUCGCUAAAAAGAGCCCCUGCUUUGUAGUAUGUGGCCAAGGAGAUCAUUUCUCUCAUAGGAGCAGCAGGAAGACUUAGCCUUAAAGAGCCUGCAGUGUCUUUGGACUCUUUCACUUCUGGACUUUUAAUAAAGGACCAAAUUCAACUGAACACCACAAAGGUCCAGACACUCUAUGAAGGGGAGGAAGCGCAGCACUUCCGAAGAGUUUCCUUCAUCCUUUGCUGGCUGGGCUGAAUUUUUCGUUGUCCUUGUUGUUUAAGUGCAAUAAUUUUUGUAUAUGUGUGAUUUUAUCAGAAAACUGAGUUGUGUUCUGCCCACACCGUCGAUCAAGCCCUAGCCCAGGAAGGAACAGACAUUAUCAGAAUCGAAUCAUACCUCACUGCCAGCAAGAGGCAUGGCCACACAUGAGGAAAGCGUCGUCCUGCUUCAAGGAAUCGGACCAGCGGUAUCUGUCUCUGCUAUUAAGCUACUGGAUCAGGAGUGGGGAGGGUGGAUGGGGGAGAAAAGUGGGUCCUGCCCACAAAUCAACUGCUUAUUUUUCCCAAAUAUGAACAGCUGUACAUCAGCUUCCAAGUAGAGUAGAAAAAAAUAUUUAAGUCUUAAUUGUUCUAGUUCUUGAUGGCUUUCGUCUCUAUUAAGGGUUAAGUGUUUCUUCCCAGGCCUUCUUGGACUAAUGUCACUAUCCAGGUUCUUUUUCAACACACCAGAUCUGGUUCAGGAGAGUUUGAAGUCUGACUCUUCAGACUCCAUUGCUGUCUGAGCAAUCUUGGUGCCUAUGCAUUCCUUUUUCUGUUAACCUGCAUACAGGUGAAAGCUGUUUCUUGGAGAGCUAUUUGCUGUGAAACACACCUCCUUCCCCUCAAAGAUCUGGAAAUUUCUGAAGUUAUGGUGAUGAACUGAAGCUACUUUUUGGGGUAAUAUCAUCAGGUGUCUCUAUGGUUCCAAUGGAGAUUUCUUUCUUUUUUUCUUUCUAGUUGUCAGUUUCAUUUUAACCAGUGUAACUAGUAACAGGCUAUUCUUUGAAUUUUGUAUACUUACAGUACAUGACUGUGUAUUGUGACAUGAAUGCGGUCAAAAUGGACACCGAAGGCAUCGUGCAGCCUAUCUCUUAGUGUCACUUCCUGAGAAAUAAGACGUGAUGAAAUGGAUAUACAGAGGAAAAAUUGGGGGUUGAAAGUAAACCCAAGCUGGCUGCUUCACUGUGGCAAUGUGUCCUGAGCCCUCUUUGUGCAUCUGAUCGUUGCCCCUCGCCCUGGCGUCCCUCUGAUCCCGAUCAUCUUCACAAAGCUACAUAAAUAGGAUCAGCUUAAUAUUUUAUCAGGAACCCAAGUGAUAGGGAAUGAUGCCAGGUGAACAGCUCUGCACCCUGCUGUCUUCUGUCACUGAGAAGGCCUGGC